AUGGCACUGCCCGACACUGAUAACGGAUUUACCGGUGAUGAUGGGUCUGGAGAACCUGACGUUAUCGCCCAAGCAAACAUCCUCGCGGGGUUCGCUGACAGCGUAGAGACACGCGCCUUAAUUGCCAGUUUACCUGAAGUGCACGAGAACAUUGUAACAAGAGAAUUCGCUAUACAGAGAUUCAUCGUUAUCAUGGACAGGUACCAGGAACAACCCCAUCUUUUAGACCCCCAUCUUGAGUGGAUAUUGAGUAUGCUAUUGGAACUCAUUCGGGAUGAGAAAUCUCCUCCUCUGCUGGUCCACCUCUGUUUUAAAUUUGUCUACAUCAUCUCAAAGGUCAGGGGCUACAAGGUCUUCAUGCAGCUCUUUCCUCAUGAGGUCUCUGACGUCCAGCCAGUACUUGACCUCUUAUACCGACAGGACCCAAAAGACUCAGAGACCUGGGAGACCCGCUACGUUCUUCUGUUGUGGCUGUCCAUGACCUGUCUCAUUCCCUUUGACCUGUCUCGUCUGGACGGGCAUUUAAUCUCCGAUUCUGCUCAGGUCAGGGAACCAAUCAUGGACCGCAUCCUCAGCAUUGCCAAGUCUUACCUCUCCGUCAGUGACAAAUCCAGGGAUGCGGCUGCUGUACUGGUGUCAAAGUUUGUGACACGUCCAGAUGUGAAACAGAAACGAUUGGGAGACUUUUUGGACUGGAGUCUGACCACUAUAACUGAGACCGAUGAUCUGACCCUCCAUGGAACGGUGGUGCUUGAUGGGGCAUUGCAGUCUCUGGCACAACUCUUUAAACACGGAAAGAGAGAAGACUUCCUUCAGUAUGCCCCGACUGUGCUGCAGUGCCUGGACCAGAAGCGUAUCACGGAGAGUAACCAGGCCAGGCUGAGGAAGCUGGUAGUGAAGCUGGUCCAGAGACUUGGCUUGACCUUUCUCAAACCACGGCUGGCCAAGUGGAGGUACCAGAGAGGGAGCCGGUCUUUGACUCUUAAUCUGGCCCAGUCUCAGAGCACAGGAACUGUUGAGGCCAUAACUCCUGACCUGGGACCUGUCAGCCAAGAGGAGGACUAUGACAUUCCUGAAGAAGUGGAAAAUGUCAUAGAGCAAUUACUGGUUGGGCUAAAAGACAAGGAAACAAUUGUUCGCUGGUCUGCAGCCAAAGGAAUUGGAAGGGUAACCGGCAGACUUCCUAAGGAGCUAGCGGAUGAGGUGGUUGGAUCAGUGUUGGAUUGUUUCAGCUUCCAAGAGACUGAUAACGCCUGGCAUGGAGGAUGCCUGGCUUUAGCAGAGCUUGGCCGGAGAGGAUUGCUGCUUCCCUCUCGUCUUUCAGAUGUCGUGCCAUUAAUUCUUAAGGCCCUGACGUAUGAUGAGAAAAGAGGGGCUUGCAGCCUGGGCUCUAACGUUCGAGAUGCUGCCUGCUACGUGUGCUGGGCUUUUGCCCGUGCAUAUGAGCCCACGGAACUGAAGCCCUACGUCAACCAGAUUGCCAGUGCUUUGGUGAUCACUGCGAUAUUUGACAGGAACGUCACCUGUAGGAAAGCGGCCUCAGCCUCUUUCCAGGAGAAUGUGGGACGACAGGGAACGUUCCCCCAUGGGAUAGAUAUCCUGACGGCAGCAGACUACUUUACCGUUGGAAACUUGAAUAACUGCUACCUGUCCAUCAGCGUUUUCAUUGCCGGUUUCCCAGAAUACACCAGACCAAUGAUAGACCACUUGGUAGCUAUGAAAAUUAAUCACUGGGACAGUGCGAUCAGAGAACUGGCCACAAAAGCACUCCAUAACCUCACCGAAAAGGCUCCAGACUACAUGGCAAACACAGUUCUACCGCAGCUUUUGCCCAUGGCAACGGGCAUAGAUCUGCAUAGUCGCCAUGGCGCCAUCCUCGCCUGUGCUGAGGUCACUCACGCCCUCUAUAAGCUGGCAGCUCAGAACAACAAGCAGGUGACAGAUUUAUUGUCCCCAGAGUGUGUGGAGGAACUGAAAGGCAUUCAUCAAAAGCUUUUCGACAGAAAACUGUACAGGGGGUUUGGCGGUGAGCUCAUGAGGCCAGCAGUGUGCGCUCUCAUUAAAAAGAUGUCAUUUUCCAAGAUGCCUUUUAAAAAUGACACCAUUAUUGCUGGAUGGCAGUGGCUGAUUGAUGACAGCUUAAAGAACCUUCACUUGUUCUCCAGCAAGGCUAAGCAGGGAAUAAAGGAGGAAGCCCUCUCAGCUCUGUCAGCGCUUUGUGAGGAAUACUACCAAACCCAGACGGGGCAGGCUAAUACAAAUAUGCAAGAGCGGUUGGUGAGCCAGUACAUAGAGGCUUUGGAGAGCCCAGAGGUGCUGACCCGCUGUGGCUGUGCGCUGGCCCUCGGUGCCUUGCCCAGAUUCAUGAUUCACGGCAAACUCCAGCAGGUUUUAACAGGUCUCCAAAUGACUUGUAGAGUCAAAGAGAGAGAAGAGAGUUUCACGGAGGCCAGGAGAGAUGCAGCUACAGCUAUUGCACAGGUGUGUGUGACAGUCGGGGUUUCAGCGCAGGGCUCUCCGGACUCUGUUCUGUGUGCGGGGAACAUCAGGGCAGUCUACGAGGCUUUGCUGGGCUGCAUGAGCGACUACAGCACAGAUAGCAGAGGUGACGUCGGAGCCUGGGUACGAGCAGCAGCAAUGACCAGUUUGAUGGAGGUGACACUACUGGUGGCGGGCUCUGCUCCGGAGCUGUUCUCUGCUGAGCUUUGCAAGCGUAUGAUGUGCUGUCUGGCCCAGCAGUCUGCAGAGAAGAUCGACCGUUACAGGGCCCACGCUGGCACGAUCUUCCUCCAGCUCCUCCACAGCAGAGACCCUGUAGUGCCUCACAUUCCCCACCAGGAGGAGCUGUUGAGAAUUUUCCCUCUGGAAGGGGCGGACGCUCUGAACUGGAACGCAGAAUCUCAGGCCUUUCCUCACAUCGCCCAGCUUCUGAGUCUGUCACAGUACCAGUACCACACUCUCCUGGGCCUCACCGUGUCUGUGGGCGGCCUGACCGAGUCCACCGUGCGUUUCUCCUCUCAGUCUCUCUUUGACUAUCUGAGAGGCAUUCAGCAGGAUCCAGGGGCGCUGAAGCAGUUUACAGACACAUUGCUACGCAUCUUCAGAGACAACCUGCGCAAUGACAGGGUCUCUGUCCCCUUUUUGAAGAUGCUGGACCAAAUGUUAGCAAAUGGAUGUUUCAACAUCUUCACCGGUGAAGAGAAUCAUCCGUUCUGUGUUGAUCUACUUGCACUUUGUAAAGAGGAGAUCAAGAAAUCCAAGGACGUUCAGAAGUUACGCUCCUGCACAGCUGUGUUCUGUGGGAUGAUCCAGUUUCAAGGGGACGUCAGGAAGAAGGUUCUGCUCCAGCUGCUGAUGUUGCUCUGUCACCCUUUUCCUGUGAUCAGAAAAAACACGGCCAGCCAGGUGUACGAGAUGCUGCUGACUUACGACGACGUGAUCGACGCGAUGGUUCUGGACGAGGUCAUGACCUCGCUCAGCGACACUAAUUGGGAGAGUGACAUGGACACAGUGAGGAACCACAGGAAUCAGCUUUGCGAUUUGCUCGGCGUGCCGAGGCCUACGCUGGUGGCCAAGAGUCCUGCACAGUAAGACUGUUGUAAUGAAGUAAUCCAGUUGGUUGUCAUCGUGUAUAAGCACCUCCCCCAUGGUCCAUCAGUCUAGUUCUGUUCUCCUCUGUCUUAAGCCUAACUGUGUCAGCUCAGAUAACAGAUGAC